ACAACUUGGCCAAUUUAAAACACUCACUCAAACAUGGCCUCCAACAAGCAGCAGAAGAAGGAGCUUCAUGUAGUUAUGUUUCCAUGGCUUGCUUUUGGUCACAUAACGCCAUUCCUGGAGCUCUCCAAGUCCAUAGCAGCAAAGGGUCACAAAAUCUCCUUCAUUUCCACUCCUCGGAACAUAGAUCGCCUUCCGAAGCUCCCACCCGACCUGGAAUCCUCCAUAACCAUGGUCGAGAUCCCGCUACCUCCGGUGGAUGGGCUCUCAUCGGAAAAUGCGGAGGCCACGAUGGACAUUCAGCCGGAGGAGAUGCCUUACCUCAAAGAAGCCAUGGAUGGCAUGGAAACAGAGGUGACUCGUUUCUUGGAGAGAACCUCCCCUGAUUGGAUCAUCUUCGACUUCGCCCAGUACUGGAUCCCGCCUGUUGCUGCCAAGCUUGGAAUUUCGCGGUGUUUCUUCAACACGGCUAGCCCCUGGUUCUCCGCUUUCUACUCCGCCGAUUUCAUGAUGAGGUUGUCCUCACCGUUACAGAUUGAAGACUUCUUAGCCCGCCCAAAGUGCAUUACCUUUGAGACAAAGGCUAGAUUCCGGCGGUACGAGGCAAAAUGGAUUCUCAGCUCGCUACAGAAGGUCUCCGCUAAAACAGAUAUGGACCGGAUUACUGCUGUUAAGACAGGUUCAGACCUACUAAUCUCCCGACACUGCAACGACUUUGAGCCAAAGUGGGUUAGUUUGCUGCAGACUACCGAUGGCCGGCCAAUGCUUCCCACAGGGUUAAUGCCGCCAACGGUUCAUGUUAGUGAUGAUCUUGACAGAAACGAAGACUGGAUUUCCAUUAAACAGUGGCUAGAUGGACACAAAAAAUGCUCUGUGGUCUAUGUAGCACUAGGGAGUGAAGUGGUUGUCGGACUCGGUCAAAUCAGUGAGUUGGCUUGCGGGUUGGAAAAGAGUGGGGUUCCAUUCUUUUGGACUUUGAGGACUCCUCCAGGGAACCACUCAUCAUUGGGCUUGCCAGAUGGGUUCGAAGAGAGAGUCAAAGGACGGGGAGUAGUGUGGAAGACGUGGGCACCUCAGAAGAGCAUACUCAGUCAUGACUCAAUCGGCGGGUUUUUGACUCAUUGUGGUUGGAGUUCUACCAUCGAGGGAAUCACGUUCGGUCAUCCACUAGUCAUGCUUCCCUUCUUGAUUGACCAGGGAUUUACUGCUCGAGUUAUGGAGGACAACCAGGUCGGCAUCGAAGUCCCGAGAGAUGAAGAAGAUGGGGUGUUCACAAGUGACUCGGUGGCUGACUCAAUAAGGUUCGUGAUGCUUGAAAGUGAGGUGGGGAAGAAACUCCGAGAGAAUGCCCAAAGGAUCAGUUUGAUCUUUGGAGAUACAAAGUCAAAUGGCAAAUGCAUUGAAGAUCUAAUUGAUUUUAUGGCAAAACAUACUAAGAACUAGAAUACAAACCAUGUAAUUUUCUUGCGUUUGGUAAUGCUAUUUGUACUAAUUAUUAUAAUAAUUAUUAGUCUUC